CCGGCGCUGCGGCCGCCUAGCCUGGGUGACCGGUAGCGCUGUAGCCGAGGUGGCGGCACGGGGCGGGGCGGACAGAGAGAGGAGGAACGAGGCGGUAGUGCAGGAUGGCGGCGACGACCUACGAGCAGCUGAAGCUGCAUAUCACACCUGAGAAGUUUUAUGUGGAAGCCUGUGAUGAUGGAGCGGAUGAUGUGCUAACCAUUGACCGCGUGUCCACAGAAGUUACCCUUGCAGCCAAGAAAGAUGUUCCUCCUUCUGCUGUUACAAGACCAAUAUUUGGUGUACUGGGCACAAUUCAUCUGGUGGCAGGUAAUUAUCUUAUUGUCAUUACCAAAAAGACAAAAAUAGGUGAAUUUUUCAAUCAUGUAAUCUGGAAAGCAACAGAUUUUGAUAUCCUUUCUUAUAAGAAGACAAUGUUGCACUUAACUGAUAUUCAGUUGCAAGAUAAUAAAACUUUCCUAGCAAUGCUAAACCAUGUCUUGAGUGUGGACGGGUUUUACUUUUCAACGACAUACGAUCUGACCCAUACUUUGCAGCGCCUCUCCAACACUAGUCCAGAAUUUCAAGAAAUGAGUCUCUUGGAAAGGGCAGAUCAGCGGUUUGUGUGGAACGGCCAUCUUCUGCGGGAGCUGUCUGCCCAGCCAGAGGUCCAUCGGUUUGCUCUUCCAGUUUUACAUGGCUUUAUUACUAUGCGUUCGUGUUCUAUUAAUGGAAAAUACUUUGAUUGGAUUCUCAUCUCGAGGAGGAGUUGUUUCAGAGCUGGUGUGCGCUAUUAUGUGAGAGGAAUUGAUUCUGAAGGCCACGCAGCUAACUUUGUAGAAACAGAACAGAUUGUCCACUACAAUGGGAGCAGGGCUUCAUUUGUGCAGACUCGAGGAUCAAUACCUGUUUUCUGGUCCCAAAGACCAAACCUGAAGUACAAACCAAUUCCACAGAUCAACAAAGUAGCAAAUCACAUGGAUGGUUUCCAAAGGCAUUUUGACUCACAAGUAAUUAUUUAUGGGAAACAAGUCAUAAUAAAUCUGGUAAACCAGAAGGGCUCAGAGAAGCCACUUGAGCAAACAUUCGCAUCAAUGGUGUCUUCCUUGGGAAGUGGCAUGAUCAGAUACAUUGCUUUUGAUUUCCAUAAGGAAUGUAAAAAUAUGAGAUGGGAUCGACUGAGUAUUCUGUUGGAUCAGGUGGCAGAGGUGCAGGACGAAUUAAGUUACUUUCUAGUGGACUCGGCCGGCAGGGUGGUGGCUAACCAGGAAGGCGUGUUCCGGAGCAAUUGCAUGGACUGUCUGGACAGGACCAACGUGAUCCAGAGCUUGUUGGCUCGUCGCUCCCUUCAGGCCCAGCUGCAGAGACUAGGCGUUUUGCAUGUGGGACAAAAGCUUGAAGAACAACAUGAAUUUGAGAAGAUUUACAAAAAUGCCUGGGCUGACAACGCAAAUGCUUGUGCCAAACAAUACGCAGGAACUGGUGCCUUGAAGACUGACUUUACCAGAACUGGGAAGAGAACUCAGUUGGGACUUAUAAUGGAUGGCUGGAACUCACUCAUACGAUAUUAUAAGAACAACUUUUCGGAUGGAUUUAGACAAGAUUCCAUAGACUUAUUUCUUGGGAACUAUUCAGUGGAUGAAUUAGAAUCUCACAGUCCUCUAAGUGUUCCAAGGGACUGGAAGUUCCUGGCUUUGCCUAUUAUCAUGGUUGUUGCCUUUUCAAUGUGCAUUAUCUGUUUGCUUAUGGCUGGUGACACUUGGACAGAAACACUGGCCUAUGUGCUCUUCUGGGGAGUCGCAAGCAUUGGGACAUUUUUUAUCAUUCUUUACAAUGGCAAAGAUUUUGUUGAUGCUCCCAGACUGGUCCAGAAAGAAAAGAUAGACUGAAUUUGUGUUUGUGGAAAGCGGCUUGGCUUGGAAGAUUCCAUGAUGCAGAACUGGAGUCUUUACUGACCCGCUUUCCACGUCAGCCCGAGGUCUGGCUAAAGCCUUUACCCAGCAUCACCUCCUGUGUGAUGUGCGGGGUGAUGAUUUUGAGUUGUUCUGACGUUACUGCCUUGAUGAUCUCGUUACUUUGGGCGUGGUUAUAUUUAUAAUUUGAAGCAGUGUUGUAAUUAAAAUAUAACCCGAAUUCAGCUCACAGAAUGGAAGGAAUCUACUCAUUGUCAGUUUAAUCAACUGUUGCAGAAAUAAGUAAUAUAUUUUAAAAAUUUAGCUUCUUUCAUUAUUUAAAACGGCAAAAUUAUUUUUCUAGCGUAGUUGUCACUGUAGAAGCUGUCGCUGUUACCAGGCAUACUUCCCCAUGUAUCUUUGUACUUUUCUUAAAAAGUUUAAUAAUAAGGUAACUGAAUGUGCUGAUAAAAUGUAAGCCCCUCACAGCCAUCGAGUCGCUGGACGUGACAGUCCAUGACUUCACGAGGCCGAGGGAGAGAGACAGGGCUGGGCUCUGGACGUUUCUGAAGGAGCGCCUCACGGCCUCGGUCUGCUCGAGCUGCUGGGGGCACCAGCUGUCCAAGUCCCACGGAAGAGUUCAGAUGUACUUUAUCUUUUUUAAAAGGUGUAAAUGAAAUCAAAGAAUGUAAAGUCUAUCUCUAUGCUAACGGUCCAAAGCCUCCUCAUGGUAAGGGUCUGCCCCAGUGCGGAAGAUACCCUUGGGCGGUCAGCUGCAUCCUGCACGUGUGGUUUCUUGGCAGGCAUCCAAGAGGGUCUUGUGCUGGACCUGACCCUGCGCUGGGGGCAGCAGCUGCUUUUCCACGCAUGGUACCAUCGAUGCUUUUCACUCUGUCAGGGUUUUUGUUGGCUGUCAAUAAGUGUGUCUAAAAUUCAGUGCUUCCAGGUAGUUACUCCAAUCAAGGACCAACUUCAACUCUUAAUUUAUGUGCAAAAGCAAACCUGAACAAUAUGCUUCAGAAGCUGUGCAUAGUUCUCAGUGUAAGUCAGAGUGUAGAAUCAAAUUGUAAUUAUGAGGUUUAGAUACUUAGAACUGUAUGUAAGGUAGUGUAAUUACCACUAUUUUGAAACAAUUCAGUGAAACACUGCUGUAAUGUUUCAGUGUUGUGCUUGAAAAUAUUUUUUUCUAAUAGUGAUGCUUUAUGUUGUCCUUAAAUAUUUCUAAAAGCGCCUUCAACAUUUUUUUUUUCAACAUUAUCUUUUAUAAACAUUAAUAAGAGUUGUUGCUUUUAGAAACUGUAAAGGAAGUAAUAGCUGGGAAAACCCUCUGUAGCUUAAAAUCAGUCAUUAAGACUCACAAUAGGGGAAGUCAGUAGAGCCACCUACUCUUAACAUGUAAAUAAGCAUAAGUGGUUCCAAAGAGGGAAUGUUGAAAUGUAGUUAUGUCUACUGUAAUAUUACUCAAGUGCUACUGGGCAUUUUCCAUUAGGAACUUCUGUAAGGAGCUGCACCCAAGACCAAAUCUGAACAGCUGGUGUGGCUGCCUGGCGGGGAGUGCACUCCUGCCGGCUGGUAGGUGGUGAGCUAUGGAUUGUAGAUCCCGUGUCGAUUUUAUUUCUUAAUUCAUGUACUGUACAUCCAUACGCGAAAAAUAAAUGUCAUUCUUUUCUAA